UUCAUUGGCUGCAAUAAAAACACUCCAUCAGAUAGCCUGAGUGAAUGCUGUAAACGUUUCAAUAUCCCAGUUUAGAUAGUAUUGCCGAGAAUUAAGUAUGGAUUUCAAAGGGGUGCUUGUGAAAAUCUUCACCCGAAAUCGGGAAGUAGUAUUAUGCGCUGCAGGCACAGCAGUUGCUCUGCUUGGACUCGGUCUAGUAUAUAAAUAUAACGUUACGCGUCCAGAGAAAAAGUUCACUCGAGUGGGAGUAGUUACUCAACUGCUGCUUCAUCCUAUGAAGUCCGGGAAAGCAGUGUUGGUGGAGACGGCAGAAUGUCUGCGAAUGGGGCUGAAAUAUGGCGAACUGCGGGAUCGGCACUGGCUGGUCAUCACGGAGGACGGACACAUGGUGACGGGCAGACAGCAGCCUCGUCUGGUGCUGGUGUCUUUGAGCUGUGAAGGCGGCCAGCUGUGUCUCAAUGGACCGCAGAUGGAGGAGUUGAGGGUUCCUCUUCAGCAGUCCAAUAAUGCAGUUGUGGACUGCAGAGUCUUUAGUAUAGACGUUCAGGGCAGGGACUGUGGGGACGAUGUGUCUAACUGGCUUACACGAUACCUGGAAUCUGACAAGACUGUUCGUCUGGUGCAUUAUGAACCUCAUCUGAAGGCCCAAAGGCCCUCUGAGAAAGAGCCCCUCUUUCCUAAGGAUGAAAAGGUGGCCUAUCCUGAUGCUGCUCCAAUCAUGCUAAUGUCAGAGGCCUCUGUUAGGGACCUGAAUACCCGAUUGGAUAAAGAUGUUUCUGUCUUUCAAUUUCGUCCCAGUAUUGUUGUCAAUGACUGUGAGGCCUUCACGGAGGACACAUGGGAUCAUAUUCAGAUUGGCCAAGUGGAGUUGAAGAGAGUUGUUGGCUGUGGAAGAUGCCUUUUUACCACUGUUGACCCUGAGACUGGAAUCAUCACCCGAAAAGAACCACUGGACACUCUCAAAACCUAUCGACUGACUGACCCCAAGCAGAAAACUGCACCAAUAUUGGGACAAUACUACAGCGUAAAGAAAACAGGUGUCCUUCAUGUGGGUGAACCCAUUUAUAAGAUCACCUAUUGAAAUGGCCAGACAGGAUGAAUGCAGAAGCUUAUUUUAAAUCUAGUGACUAAUUUGCAAGCGACAUUGCUUACAAACACAGUUUCUAAAGUUCGAAUGAAUCCAUAUUCUUUUCAUGAAGUUUAAUUGAAGAAGAAAAAUAAAAUAAUAUAUAAAUAGUUUUGUAAAAUGUUCUAUAUUAGCUGUAGAAUUCUGGUUGGAAUAGAUCAAAUGUCUUAGAGAUUCCAGAACCAUUAGGUUUCAGCACAGUUAAAGGGAUAGUUGAAAUUAUCAUUAUCUACUCCAACCUGUUAGUUUUUGUGGAAUACCAAAUUAUUUCAUUCUUCUUUAUUAAAAAAAAUCUUCUUUUGUGUUCCUCAAAAUAACACCUCAACGGUGAGUAAAUAAUGACCGUUUUCAGUUGAGUGAACUAAUUCUUUUAAUGUGAAAUGAGAAGAUGUGAGUUCUGUGAUUUGUGUUCAGUAUAUUCAGUAUUCUAUAUUUUAGGUACUUCGAAAUUACCAAUGUAUUGGGGAUAUAAUUGUUACAUUGUAUAAUGGUCUGGUUUCAUGUAACCGCUCAAAUCAGGAUGUUAAUUUAAACACUGUGUCUCCUAUAAGGAGGCAUGAGUAUUUGUCAUUAAUCAAAACAUUGAUGUUUUUUCAGUAUUGAUUUCUCUAAAGCUAUUAAAUGAUUUCAACUCUCA